AUGACGCCUCUGCCAUGUAACCCGACUAAUUCGGAAGGCAAGCCGUCCAUAUGGUCUGGAUUUUACAGAAAAACUCUACAAGAACGUCAAGAUCAAAUCGAGUUGGUAUAUCCUCACUUAGGUCAUCCUCAGUCUCUUUCACCGCAGGUAGCCGACAACAUGAUCGAAAACUGUAUUGGAAUAUUUGAAUUGCCGUUAGGACUGGGGCUCAAUUUCGUUAUCAACGAUUCACCAUAUUCGAUUCCUAUGGCUAUAGAGGAGCCCUCGGUAAUCGCGGCAGUAUCAGGAGCUGCCAAAACGAUCUCCGGAUCUGGCGGCUUUAAAACUUUUUCUAGUGGAAAUCUUAUGCAGGCGCAAAUACAGCUAUUAGACGUAGCCGACGUUGACAUUGCUGUAAAGAAAAUCGUGCAAAGCAAGGCUAAAUUGGUUUUUUAUGGGAAUCAGCACUGCCAUAACAUGGUUAAACGAGGUGGUGGCAUAGUGGAUAUUUACCCUCGAGUGAUUAGGUACAAUAGUGAAAAAUAUUCGAAGAUUCACGAUAAAUCGAGCUACCUGAAAUUCCACGGCUGCAUUGACCAGUAUAUGACUUCAUCGAACGAAAACGUCCAGCAUCAAAAAAGUGAAGUCGAGGGGCCAUCGGUCAUCGAAUCCUGUGCGGUAGAUGAACCAGAUCGAACCUCGGCUUCGAGGCAAUUUUCUUCGCAGUCGAUUAGCCAAGUCGAGUCGCCUUCGUCCUCAGAACACAAGACUGCAUAUGCCGCCAUGAUCAUCGUACAUGUAGUUAUAAAUGUAUGUGAAAGUAUGGGCGCUAAUCUAGCUACGACAGUGGCUGAAGGUUUGGCGCCUAAAUUACUCGAAGUGAGCAACUCCGGACGAUACUUGCUUCGAAUCGUAACAAACAGAUGCGACCAACGACGCGCCAAAGCCACCUUCUGUAUUCCCACCUCGAAACUUAAGUACAAGAACGUUGAUGGACAGCAAAUCUCUCGCGGAAUUAUUGAUGCGUAUAUGAUGGCGUGCGAAGAUCCAUACCGUGCUACGACCCAUAACAAGGGAAUUAUGAAUGGCAUCGACGCUACCGCCAUUGCUCUAGGACAAGAUUGGAGAGCUAUUGAAGCCGCUGCCCAUGCAUGGGCGAGCCGUUCCGGAGCGUAUAAACCCUUAACUCAUUAUGCACUCUUGCGAGAUUCUGAAUCUCAACUGUACCUUUUUGGUAGUUGCGAAAUUCCUGUUCCCGUGGGUGUUCGCGGCGGAGUGAUUCACACACAUCCUAUGGUUCAGUAUACCCACGAUUUGCUGAAUAAUCCCACUAGCCGCCAACUAGGCGAAAUUCUGGCGGCCGUAGGUUUGGCUCAGAACUUCGCCUCGUUGCGUGCCCUCAUCACAGAAGGUAUUCAGCGCGGACACAUGAGCUUACAUUCCAGGAAUAUAGCCAUUAGUGCCGGCGCACAGCCUCACCUCGUAGCUGAGGUAUCGGCCUACAUGAUCUCGAGAAAUCUGAUCAAUUUUGAAACCGCGACCGACUAUUUGAGAGCGCAUUCUAUUUUGGCGAGUUCUACACAACACCGUUUCAAAUCACAACCUCAUGUCAUUCCCAGUACCAUGUUCGUUGAAUUGGAGCUUGAAAAACAAACAACUGCUCUGAAUAUCGUCUUCGAGACUAUCGGUAAACGCCCUGUUCAUUUGGCCAUUCGUGAUGAUACAUCAGAGACAGGAGAGCUCUCUGAAGACGCCGCCAUUCAGGCUCAGCUCUUUAGCUCCAAAACGCACAGCUGGCUCAAAAAUAUUUUUGCUUUGUUCGAAAUCUGUGUGUUCAGCAGCAGAGCCUAUCAAUUAGCCAGCGUCAGUCAAAACCUCCUGCAAUUUCGUAACAAGCUGAAACUUUUGUCUAUACUAAUUAACAUUCUAGCCUACAGACUUAUUUUUCUAUACCCUGACAUUACCGUCAAUUUCCUAGAGAAAAUUCUCGCAGCUGAACUCAAUCCACUCUCUAUGGUCACGGAAAACCACCCCUGUGCUCUCCGCGUAGGGUUUAGCCUUAUCCUAGCACUCUGGCAAGUUUUCAAACACCAGGUUGACGCCACUAUCACCCUCGCCUCUUUGAAUAACGCUAUCAAAGAGGAACAGCUUCGCAUAUUUGGUGCUGUGUAUCGGAACGUCAACCUUAAUAACUCUUCCUCGUUUGGCCAAUUCAUGAUCACACACAGCAAACGCUGGCAAGUCACCAUGUUUUUGUUGUGCGACUUGCUCAUUGUUCCCCACCAUCUCAUCACCUCCAGGCGCCUCUUUCUUACGUUCAAGAUCGGAAAGUACCUGGAAUACGAAAGCGCUAUUGCCCAUGAUUUGAUGACCUGGGAGCGCGAUCAAAAACAGGGCAUUAUAAACUCAUAUCUGUUCUGGCUCAAGCACAACCAAAAAACUCAUAGCCCUGAAAGCCAAAAGGCCUUUUUGGAAAUGACUACAGCGUUCUGCGAGCGAAAAAGACGAAAGUUAAUGCAAGUUAAGGAGCCAGUUGAAUUUUUUGACACAGACCUUUUUCUAAAUGCAAUACCUCUCAUCAAGGCCUACUACCAAUCAGAAAUAGACUGGAAAGAAAGCAAGGUCGACUCUUCCAACAUUAAGGCCAAAAUGUAA